AGCGUCACGUGCAACGGACGUUGUAGCAAUGAUGUGGCAGGUUCUAACGCUUUCUGUGCUCGCAGCCAUCACCGUCGUGCAGUGUGACCAUCACUUUUGCCCUAGCGGCUACAGCCGCGGUCAAUACCUUGAUGCAUCCACACAGAAGUAUCUUCUCUGCUGGAAGGUGGAUUGGUCUGACAGGUCGAUCACGUUCUCAGCCAAAGUCGCCACGACAGGAUGGAUAGGGCUCGGUUUCUCACCAACAGGCUUCAUGCCCAACUCCGAUGUGGUCAUCGGAUGGGUGAAAGACGGUCAAGGAUACUUGAAGGAUCGUUUUGCAACUGCGAGAGCACAACCGCCGAUUGACGAAAUCCAAAACGUCAAACUGCUGUCUUUCAGUGAAGCAGACGGAAUGACAACGCUGGAAUUCAAACGAAAUCUCGACGCCUGCGAGCCGAAAGACAGAAGCAUCGAGGAAGGAACUACUCGAGUCAUCUUUUCCUACAAUCCCAAUGACCCGGCUUCAGAGACCUCACUAGCCAAGCACACAGUCGCCAUGAGAGUCAGCAUCAAUCUACUAAGUGGAACCGGGAACGUUGAACCUGCGCCUCUAGAGGCCAACCACAAGACAGUCGACGUUCUAAAUCCCAACGUGUCUGUGCCUGACACGUCCACAACUUACUGGUGCACUCCAAUAAAGCUGCCUCGACUGCAGAGUGAAGCUCAUAUAAUAAAGUUUGAACCAGUGGUGCAAGCAGGGCAUGAAGAGCUGGUGCAUCACAUAUUGAUAUACACGUGUCAUGAUUCAGUUGCAUCUUACUUAAAUGUGUCAUGGGAUUGUGACAACCCUCCUGCUUCUAUACCCCGAGACGUUCGAGGAUGUCGUGGAUCAGCUCAAAUUGCAGCAUGGGCUGUGGGAGGCGUGGGUGUCACUUUCCCAUCCCAAGUGGGACUUCCUAUGAGCGGUCAGACUGGCGCCCAAUACGUUAUGAUGGAAACUCAUUACAACAACGAGGGAAAGAGGGCAGACUAUGUGGACAGUUCUGGUAUACGAAUCUUCUAUACUCCAACUAAGAGGCAGUACGAUGGAGCAGUUCUGCAAUUCGGACAUCGAGUUAAUCCAGGUUAUCCUCUCUUCCUGCCACCUGGAAGAGACAACAUCAUAACGGAGACUCUUUGUCCUGCAGCCUGUACUCAAGCUGGCUUUCCUUCAGAUGGAGUGAGCGUAUUUGGUACAAUGUUGCAUUCACAUACUGUCGGAAAAGGUAUUUGGAUCGAGCACAGUCGCAAUGGUGUUCAACUUCCCGAUAUAGACAGCAACUACAAUUACGACUUCAACUUUCAGGAUGUAGUGUUGCUGCGGAACGAAGUGAAAAUCCUGCCUGGAGAUGACGUUCAAGUCUUCUGCAAUUAUGACACGACAGGCAGAUCAAAAGUGACUCUUGGUGGAGAAGGUACUUUAGACGAGAUGUGUCUUGGUUUCCUUUUGGUGUACCCCAGGCCAAGUCUUGCCUACUGCGAGAGCCAGAUUCCAGAUCAAACGUUUACCAAUUACAUCGCACAAGCUGCAACCAAGGGCUAUUACGUAGAACCGGCAAACAUAUCACCAGACCAAGGAAUAGCAUACUACCAGCGUCUUUCGGCCAUCAUUAGUAUGAACUUCAGCAGCGAGGAUGCGUAUAAGCUUUGGGACCAAGACUACUGGUCGUCUAACGAAAGAGACGUCCGUUGUAGAGGUCAAAGUCAUAACAGCUUGCUACCUAGUAAAACGUAUAACUUGCCUACCAUCACACGGCCUCUGACUGAUGCUCCAACAAUUGGAACGUCUAAACCUUGCGAAGAUAUCAUCAAGGCAUCUAAAUCUCCAACCAGCACAGUUAAGGCACCUAUAUCGCCAACAAGCUCAGCUCGUGACUUGAUCUGCAACUCAUUCUGGGUUGUUUUCUCAUCUCUCGUGGCAAUAAUGGUGAGAUAAAAGGGAAAGACGAACUGCCAAGAUCACUAAGACGGAUGGCAAAUUAUUCUCUGCUUUGUUACAUGUAGCUUGCUAAAUGUGCUGUUUGCAAUACAUGUCAGUUAGUAAAUGGAAUCGCCGAGAAGUAGCUAAACUUUGGAUGGUUUGAUUGCGUUUUAGUAUGUAAGAGAACACUGUUUAUUUGGUGCCGCGGA